CGCGCCAGCCUUUCCCUCCCCGAGGUCACAACGAAUGAGCAAAACGCAGAGGCGUAAGAAGGGAUUUGUUGUUCAUGUACUGUAGUCUCCCGUAGUUCAGAUCGGGGAGGUUAUAGGUGGUGGCCCGAUAUAACGACAUAACAGGAGUCUCUGGUUACACGGUUACGUUAAGAUUUAACGUAGUUGCGUCUACUCUCACCACGGGAAAAAAAUGUAGUAGCUCCUCGUGCUUUAGGCCUACAGUGAAAACCGAAGACCUCGUGAGCACGUCUUUUUUUGGAACUGUCCGCGCCUGGGAAGAAAUCAAAACAACAAUGCAGAGUUGCACCAAUAUAUCAGAUACAGCCAAGGAGUUAUGUGACGCGGUGUCAGUGUCUUUAGGUUUGAGUUCGCAGUUAAACGAGGUAGUGGAUAAUGGACGGAGCGGCCCUGCCUUCUCUGCAGACUGCGGCCCAAAUCAUGGAAACCAUUUUUCAGUCUCCGAGGAGUCUUCUCCAGAGUUUGGAGCUGGCGCAAGUAUGACCUCAGAGUUAACCACCCAGAUGCAGAGGAAAACGACAAUUAAAUCAAAUGAUCUCGGGCCAUCGUUCGAAGUACAUCAAGACAUUUGCGGACAAAAUUAUGUCGGUUUUUUACAGACCCUCGAGCGCGAAAGGGACAGCGCAUGGAAGGUGACAAGGCCUAUGCACGAGUUGGAAAUUGCCAGAGGUCUCCGUAAAAACUCGGACAUGUUCGUGAAUUUGGAUAACGCUAUUGCGCUCUCGGUGCCCUCUCAGUUUGACGAAUUGUUACCUUUAAGUUCUCCAUUCCGUAAAGACGCCCCAACCCAGUUAUUUGGUAGGGAAUUUACGGAUCAAUCGACCGUCAAUGGCCUCAUCAAAAGCAGCCUUAACAAAACCGAACCAGGACACGAGGGACCCUGUCCGGUGGCGGGUGGAUCUUGGUUCUGUAAAUAUUUGGACAACGGAAAUUGCAUGUCUUGUGGAGCACGUAAAGCCUGUCCCCCUGGGGUUAACUAUCAGGAAUAUGACCCUGGGAUGCCACAAGAGGGUCGUGUCCAGAAGCAAAGUUACCAAAGUGUGAUGCAUGAAAGCGGUCUUCAACAAGUGUAUCACUCCGCUAUCAAGAAGGAGAGUUCUGGAUGGAUGAGUGCUGACUCCAGACUGAGAUGUGAGGAUAUGUUGCCAGUGUACUUCUCUGACCGGAGGGUGUGUAAGGUAUGUGGAGACGAGGCGUCAGGCUGUCACUAUGGAGCUGUUACCUGUGGGAGCUGCAAGGUGUUCUUCAAGAGGGCUGCAGAGGGUAAGCAGAAUCACCUGUGCGCCAGCCGUAACGACUGCACCAUCGACAAGCUGAGGAGGAAGAACUGUCCUUCCUGUCGUCUCAGCAGAUGCUUCCGGUCUGGAAUGAGCCUCAAAGGCCGCAAGCUGAGGGGAGCUGGCCCGCUGAAAGGAGGAGUGGAGGGGGGAACACAGGCACCCGGCAAAGAGAGGACUGGAGAGAGGGGAGGAGAGAGGCCUGGAGAGAGGGGAGGAGAGAGGGGAGGAGAGAGCACUGGAGAGAGCACUGGAGAGAUGACUGGGGGAUUACAGUUAUCCACCGUUUCCCCACAGGCUAAAUGCUGUGCUGCGUUGCAGGCUCCCGCUCUUGGCCCCUCCCCCAGUCUACGCCCCUCCCUCCUCAACAUUCUGAGUUCCAUUGAGCCAGGAAUGGUCAACGCAGGCCAUGACACCUCCCAGCCAGACUGUUUCGCCUCCCUACUGUCCAGCCUCAACGAGCUGGGAGAGAGACAACUGGUGUCUGUGGUGAACUGGGCUAAAGCCAUGCCAGGUUUCAGACAGCUGCAUGUAGAAGACCAGAUGUCAGUGAUCCAGUCUUCAUGGCUGGGGUUGAUGGUGUUCGCUCUGGGCUGGAGGUCUUACACAAACACAGAUGCUAGAGAGCUCUACUUCGCUCCUGACCUCAUCUUUAACGAUCAGAGGAUGCGUGUGUCCAGUAUGUACGAACACUGUGUCCAGUUCCGUCUGCUGUCCCAGAGGUUCUGUAUGCUCAGAGUCACCCAGGACGAGUUCCUCUGUAUGAAGGCUCUGCUCCUCUUCAGCAUCAUCCCUGUGAAGGGUCUGAGGAAUCAGAAGUGUUUUGACGAGCUGAGGAUCUCUUACAUCAAGGAGCUGGUUUGUCUGGCCAGCCAACACGGAGAAAAACACCACACACAACGCCUGUUCCAGCUAACACAGCUACUGGACUUCCUACACCCGAUUGUGAGGAAGCUGCACCAGUUCACCUAUGAUCUGUUUAUCCAGGCCCAGUCUCUGCCCACCAGAGUCAGCUAUCCAGAGAUGAUCUCUGAGAUCGUCAGCGUUCACGUGCCCAAGAUACUCACAGGCAUAGUUCAGCCAAUCCUCUUUCACAAUGCACCUUGCUAGAGGGUCAUCCCAUCAGAAUGCACCUUGCUAGAGGGUCAUCCUAUCACAAUGCACCUUGUUAGAUGGUCAUCCAAUCACAAAACACCCUGCAAGUGGUUCAACCUAUCACAAAACUUCCUGCUAGAGGUUCAACCCAGGGCAGGCCCUAGGCACAAGGUACUUUUUUUUGGGGGGGGGGCUCAGUCAGGGUCUCAACUUAAUGUUGAGAGUUAAAGUAAAAUACACAAGGUGACAUUUUUAAAUUUGUUAGUGAAUCAGCAGUUUUUGUUAGUGCUUCAGCAGUGUCAGUCUGAAUUAGCCCUUGUCAGCAAACAUUUAUUUAGAUUGGUAAGUUAGCCAGCUGUCUGCACCUUAUAGUAAUCAUGGCCAACUAAUGACCAGGCUUGUACCCUGAACUCCAGGGGACCUCCAUUGAUGUUGUCAGUCAGUCUCACUCAGAUAUCAUAAGUCAUGGCAAAAUGUGUAGAAUUGUAGGAAAUUUGCUUUAAAACUUGAUCAUUUUUCUCCACCCCCUGGCAGUAUUUGUAGAAUUGUAGGAAAUUUGCUUUAAAACUUGAUCAUUUCUCUCCACCCCCUGGCAGUAUUUGUAGAAUUGUUGGAAAUUUGCUUUAAAUCUGCAAGAUCUUCUGGCUGCCCCAUUUGAAGAAAAAUGUGUAGAAUUUGAUAAAAUGUGAUUUAAAACCACAUUUUCUCUACGCCCCAUAGCUAAAUGCGUUGAAUUUCAGGAAAUGUACUUUAAAACUUAAAUUUGCUUUAUCUGUGCCGUCAAGAGGGGGCCCAAUAAAAUGUUUUACCUGCAUGGUGUGGGGCCCCAAAACGCUAGGGCCAGCCCUGGUUCAAUAUAUCACAAAAACCUUACUAGAGGACCAACCAUUGUCUGUACAUGAAUGGGCAAAGCCGUCGAUGAUGUCACACCAUUAAUUCCUAUGUGAAGACUCAAUGUCGCAUUUGAAGGUUAGGAAGUUGGUUUUAGCUUGCUAAAGUGCCGUCUCAUUGGGGAUAUGUAUGUCGACAUAACAUGCACAGUUUGAACUACUCCAGGAAGGGACGUUGGAGACGAGGUCAGAGCUGCCUGCAACCGAAGGCCGACCAGGGUACUGCAGGCUACCAUAGCAACUCAAUUAUCCUUAUAACUUCUUUGUACAAUUGUAUUUUUUGUUUUAUAUAAUCAGUUCAAGGACACACAUCUGUUCUAAUAUAAGCAAUUAUUGGUAACAUGGUUGUGUUUGAAUGCUAUUUUUUAGUUUUUUCUCUAAUAUUGACAACGAAGAUUGCCAUUUUCCCAUUCACUAUAAUGGGAGAUCCUGCUUUCUGGAAACAACAGCCUUCAGUACCGCAGUCGGCCUUGAGGUUCAUGGCUUCAAUGAGAGGGGUCAGUUGGUCUUCCCAGGGUGGAUUACGUUACAACCCCUGAUCUCAAGCUAGGGUUUGAUCCUGAAUGUACAUUUCAGACUGUUGGUUUUCAAUGAGAGGGGUCAGUUGGUCUCCCCAGGGUGGAUUACGUUACAACCCCUGAUCUCAAGCUAGGGUUUGAUCCUGAAUGUACAUUUCAGACUGUUGGUUUUCAAUGAGAGGGGUCAGUUGGUCUCCCCAGGGUGGAUUACGUUACAACCCCUGAUCUCAAGCUAGGGUUUGAUCCUGAAUGUACAUUUCAGACUGUUGGUUUUCUCUCUUUUCAGUUAACUGUUAUAUACUCUUUCAUAGUUUCAGUAAAUGUACUAGUAUGUUUAACACUGUCAAAAUAAGUCAUAAUUCUUCUGAAUAACACAUCAUUCAUACUCUACAGACAUUCAUAUAUAACACAAUAUCUGUAGAUAUAAAAUGCAUUAUACUUUGCAUAUUCUAUCAAAACAAAUCAUGCUUCUUUAAAAUUCUAACAAAUGAAACCAUGUAUAACUAUCUAUAUUCCACUUCACUGGGUCUUUAUUUGGCAUCAUGUGAUUUGUAUCGUAAGUAUUCUAUAAGGGACAGGGAAACACAUACAGGUUGUAUCCAAAAUGACAUCCAAACCCUUCUAGUGCACUACAUUUGAGUAGGACCCAUAGGGCUCUGGUCAAAACUAGUGCACUAUAUAGGGAAUAGGGUGCCAAUUUCUGACUCAAUUUUCAUUAAAAAAAAAAAAGUAUAUUUCUCCCUCAGGUAAGGUGUUACCAUCUAUUGAAGUAUUGAGCUUCAUCAAUACUUUAUCCUAUCUGAGUUCAUAUGUCUACUUACCAAAUAAAUACCGUACCUCACUAUU